UCAGGAUCAGCUUCUUCCUUGAGUGCCUGGGAUUGCCUUGGCUGCACAAUAGAGAGGGGCUCUUGCCUUUCCUUUGGGAGGCGCCAAGUGGGCACAUUUGAGACCAGGGCCUGAGCCAGCCUGCGAUGUAUGAAAACAUGACCAGGUGGUUUGGAAACCAGAGGAAGAUGAAGGCUCGGGCCCCACCCCCUCCUGGAAAACCUGACCCUGUGGAUGUUCCUGGUGAACGGAAACCUAGCAGAGACUUGGGCCUCAGCCCUCAACAGAACCUGAUCAACAUGAAAGAAAACCUGCAUAACAGUACAGUGGACAUCACUGUGGUUCUCCCCAGUGGGCUAGAGAAAAAGAGUGUCGUCAAUGGCAGCCAUGCAAUGAUAGACCUAUUGGUUGAACUCUGUCUUCAGAACCACCUGAAUCCAUCCCACCAUGCCCUUGAGAUCCGGUCUUUGGAAACCCAACAACCUUUGAGUUUUAAGCCAAAUACGUUGGUUGGGGCCCUAAAUGUGCACACAGUGUUUCUGAAAGAAAAAGUUCCCGAAGAGAAGGCUAAACCUGGGCCACCGAAGGUGCCUGAGAAAUCUGUGCGCUUGGUAGUGAAUUACCUGCGAACACAAAAAGCUGUUGUGCGCGUGAGCCCUGAGGUACCUCUCCAGAAUAUUCUUCCUGUUAUUUGUGCAAAAUGUGAAGUAAGCCCAGAGCAUGUCAUUCUCCUCCGGGAUAACAUUGCGGGGGAAGAGCUGGAACUUUCCAAGUCCCUGAAUGAGUUGGGAAUAAAGGAGCUCUACGCCUGGGACAAUAAGAGAGAAACCUUUAGAAAAUCCUCAUUUGGUGAUGAUGAAACAGAUAAGGAAAAGAAAAAAUUUCUGGGAUUUUUCAAAGUUAAUAAAAGAAGCAAUAGUAAGGCUGAGCAGCCUGGGUGGUCUGGCAGGGACAUCAAUGAGGAUGGCUUACAGUCUGCAUCAGCAAAGGGCUUCAAUGGCUGUCGGACAACUCCGAACUCCCCAUCCGUGAGUUCACGGUCCAUUACACUGGGUCCAUCCGUGUCGCUCAGCAACAUCUCAGGGAUGUCUGUGAAGUCAGAGAUGAAGAAGCGCCGAGCCCCUCCUCCCCCCUCCUUGCCAAGUCCAGGGGUACCUGUGCAAGACAAGGCAUCAGAAAAGGUUUCUCUUGGGUCCCAGAUUGAUUUGCAGAAAAAGAAGCGGCGGGCACCAGCUCCCCCUCCUGCACAACCACCGCUGCCCAGUCCCCAGGUUCCCAAUCGCAUGGAGGACCAGGAGGAGAACAGGAAGAGCAUGAUGGGUAUUGGACGGCAGGUGCCACAAAAACCUCCCCGUGGCACUAUGCGUGGCCCACCCCAGUUAGUGCUUCCCCCACCCCCACCCUAUCCUCCUCCUGACACUGAUGUGGCGGAGCCUCUUGGCUUACCAGAGGAAAGUGCUGUACCUGAGGCCCCAGACCUGAGACCCAAAAUGAGCCUGACCCUGGGGCCCAGUAGCAACUGCGCGGUGGACGGCAUUCCGCUGGCCCUCUCGGAGACCGACGAGACUGUGUCGGUGGGCAGCUGCUUUGCAUCAGAGGACCCAACCGAAGACUCUGGAGUUAUGAGCUCCCCGUCCGACAUCGUCUCCCUGGAUUCCCAGCACGACAGUGUGAAAUCCAAAGACAAGUGGGCCACCGAUCAGGAAGACUCUAGUGACCAAGAUCUAAGUGGAGCUCCAGAAGUGGGUCCCCAAAAGAGCCCUUCCUGGGAAAGGACUGGCUCUGGACAGUCGCAUCAAAGAACUGAAAAGACUGCUUUGGCCUUCGGUGACGAGGAGGACCUGCUUGUCAGCGGGCAGUUCCAGAGAACACUUGUCAAAGCUGAUGAAGACCUAGAAGAAAUGGAAGAGAAUUUUGAAACAGACACCGGCUCUCUCACCAGCUCCGUAAACAUUGCUUCCAGCCACUCGACACAAGAUGCCAUGCCCACUAGCAGCAAUGAGGACACAAUUCCGGUGACAUUCAUAGGGGAGGUUUUAGAUGAUCCCGUUGAUUUGGGGGUGUUUUCCAACAGAAAUAACAAUGCAGGUUCUUUUGACCUGAGAAACCUGGGCGCCAGAAGAGCCCAGCUGCUAUCGUUCCAAGCUGAGGACAGCCAAUCCCUUAGAAAGGCGGAGGAGGUACCUAAAUCAUACGCUCCUUCUCAUGACCCUGGAAAAGAAACUAGAUGGACCUUUCCCAACACCAGUAAAGGAGUGAAUUCUAUUGAAAUUCGACCCAAGCUGACUACUUCCGUCUCGAAGUUGCACGCAGAUGCUCUAAAUGCCCCAGAGAGAAAGCCAGCGUGUGGCCGGGCCUCCAGUGACAAGACGCCGGCUGCCCUGAGAGGGACCGCACAGCCACUGAGUCAAGAGGAAGGCCACACUCUAAGGGAGGGCCUGCCACCACCAUCCUGGUAUCGACGAGGUGACAGCCCAGGAGGGAGCUAUGGACUUAAAUACGGUCUCACCACAUAUAAAAUUGUUCCUCCAAAAUCCGAGAGGAGGUGCUAUGAUCGCGGAGUAUCCCUCUCCACCGGCGCCAUUAAGAUCGAUGAGCUAGGAAAUCUGGUGAGCCCAGCUGUGAACGGAACCCGGACCAUCGCCCUGCCAUCAUCCGUUCUUGAAACAGACGAGCAGCCCAUUGGAAAGGUAAAAGAAUUCUGGAGGUCCAACUCCAUGGAAAAGCAAUCCAAAGUGUCCAAAGGCCACUCCCUGGAAAGGACCAGCACCACCCUGCCAGCCAACCCCCGGCAUCCAGAAAGCAGACACCUUGCUGACCCUGCACCCCCUGUCCCCACCCUGACGGUGCCCCGGAAGCAGGCUCUCCUCCCAGAAGAUGGGAGGUGUCUGGAGGAAGGGAAAAGCCAGUCACCCAUCGCCAGCCCUCUUCAACCCCAAGGGCCAGCAGCUACCAGCACAGAUGUCUCCUUUGUUAAGCCUCAGAGAAGGACAUCCAGCCAGUACAUGGCCUCGGCGCUCGCGAAGCGGAUGGGAUCCGCCAGUGUCCACACUGACGCGGCGGCAAAGCACAAUGGGGCCGAGAGGGGUUCUGAAGGCAAAACGCCCAAUCCCAUCAGACACCAUCUUGCUACCAAAAGUGAUAGAACUCCCAGCCCACCCUCAGAGAUACCAAUAGGUAAAGAUGCUGCCAAGCAGCCCCGCCCCACCCUCCCCCAGAGUAACGGGGAGGAGUCGGCGGUCGGUACCCAUCUAAGUGCAAACGGCAGCAGUCCCUAUGGAAAGCUGUCUGCUCACGAUUGUCCGACUGGUGUCCUACAAAAUUCCAGUGCCUCACGAAUCAGAGUUUCCCAGCCAGAUCAUGUUUCUGUGGCACAGAGCUGUGGCUUUGGUGGAAAGCAAAGCACAAGGAACCAGAAGACCAGCUCAGUGGCCGAACCACAGAGCGUGCUACACAGCACAGCCACCGCCUCUUCCCGCCCAACAAAUAAUCAGGCUUCCCCCAAGGCUUGGGUAAACGGCUCCAAGUGGCCCCCUGUGAGCAGUGAGCCUCCCCACUCUCUGAAAGGAUCAACCACGAACAGCCACAAGGUUCUAGAAAUGGAGCAGAAACCUAAUUCACUAUCUCCGGAUGCACAUGAAACAGAAGGAACCUCGACACCCAGCAUUUUUGGGCCAAAGAAGAAAUUCAAGCCUAUCAUCCAGAGGCCAGCCCCCAAAGACAUGUCCCUCCACAGCGCUCUGAUGGAAGCCAUCCACUCGGCAGGAGGGAAGGAAAAACUCCGGAAGACUGCAGAGCACACCCCAGAGAGAGGGUCAAAGAAGCCUUCGUACUCAGAGGCAGAGAGUGAGCGGUCAGCACUGCUGGCUGCCAUCCGUGGACACAGUGGAGCCUGCAGUCUGAAGAAGGUGUCAUCCUUUGCUUCUGAGGAGCUCCAAAGUCUCCGAGAUGCCGGACUCUCUGCACACAUCUCAGAAACCCCUCAACAGAACAGCACAUGUGCACCACCCCUUCCACCUCCCCCACCUCCUACUAUCCCUGCUCCUCCGGUGCCCAGGAUGGCCUCCAAGUUCAGCACAAAUACUCUCAACAACACUGUGGAUGCCAGACAAGCCUUGAUGGAUGCCAUCCGCUCCGGCACAGGGGCGGCAAGAUUAAAAAAGGUGCCCUUGCUUGUGUGAAUAUCAAUAAAAGUCAACUCAUUGCAAGAACGCAUCCUGUAAGAUAUCCAGAAUCUUCACUCAAGGGCUCUGCACAGCAAGAAGCAGCAGGAGUUGAUGUUACUGCCUGUUUACUGGCCAAAAUAUGUGGAGUUGAUUUUCAGCAUGUUCUCAUAUAAUAGUUCAAAAAGUGGGGAAGAUAUUGCUUUGCUGUAUGGCUUGUGUGCCAAGGAGAUGUAUUUUGUCUCUGUGUAUUCAAAGUUGCCAAUAAACUAUUCGUGUUGGCAGGUAAUGGUAAUAUGAGUACUACAGCCCAGCGCUACACUCAAUUAGAUUUAUGGGCAAAUUGAAAAGAAUCAUCUCUUACCAAUUUUGGAGUUUUACCACAUAUAAAUGGUUAAAGUCAUUGACUUGUUUAAAAAUCUUUUGAAAUCUGUAAAAAUUCCGCUGAAACAAUCUAAAUGCAAUAUGUUAUAUGGCUGCUAUGUGGGGUUAUAAUAAAGAGUUGGGAGACUUUUUCAAAGAUGAGGGUGUGGAAAAAGGAAACGAUUUGGUUCUUAUUCCACAAAGAGUUGGAGCGAAACCUCAAGGAAAAUUAAAAUCUGAUCCAUGGAAUUUUUAAAAUAAAAUAUUGUUAUACCAAAUGUUCAUCACAUGUGAUUGUGCAGAUAGGGUAUUUCUGUGAUCUCCAGAGGUCACGGCGUAUGACUGAGAUCCAGAGCCUCUUUGGAGUAGAUGGUCACAUGAACAGGCCUCCACUUUGAUACCAAGUCACCGGUGGGUUAUGAAGUAUAGCAGGCCUCUCCAGAGUAUUGGGGGAGAGGCUGUGUACAGAGCCCUCUGACUUCCCCCAGGGGCCUUCUGAACUCCCUUAGAUGACAACAGAUGUUGGGUGUUUCUAUUUGGCCGACAUUAAAUAAAAAUUAUGCUAUUAUUUCAUGAUUUGAGUUCAGUUUUAACCCUUUUGUUCAACAGAGUAGCAGAUCCUCUUGUAUUAUAUCCCGGUCUUCUGCUAGUAUAUGAUCUUUAGUCACCAGUAUUUAUAACCAAGUUGAACUACAGUAGUAGUUUUUCAUAUAUACUCACAUAUCUACAACAUUCUGUUAUCUUGAAAAAAUUCUUUUAUGAGGUUAAUAGAAAUCAAGAAACGUUCACUAAAUAAAGUCUCAAUCUUAAUGGAACAACAAAUCUGGCAAAAUCAUUUUAAUGUUUUACCAUACUUCCAAUCUGGGCAUCAAGGAGAAUGGAAUCUCAGCUUUGUGUUAUCUGAUUGAUGUUGCUAACCUUCCUUGGUGAAGAAAGAGCACCCAGCCAAUUGCUCUUGCCCACAACUAUCUCUACAUGUGUCUUUUAGUGCCACAAAUAAAGGAAAAUCAAAGUGAAA